AUGAAGAUGUUGGGGCGUGCAAAGGUUAAUUUUUCGAAACUGCUCUAUAAAAUUACUAAACUAGCCAUAGUAUUGACCAUACUAUAUAUUUAUUUUACGCCCAAAAUUAUCUCUCGAAACAAUGAAUCACUGCAGCAUUUUUUCCCUCAUAAAUAUGGUGAUUAUCAAAUCAAUUUGGUCAUAGCGCACCCUGAUGACGAAGUCAUGUUUUUUUCGCCCAUGAUCUCUCAACUUAAUUCAUACUUUCCGAGUACUGUCCCAUUUAACAUAUUCUGCUUGUCAAAGGGUAAUGCCGAAGGUCUUGGUAAAACCAGGGUAAGAGAAUUAAAUGAGUCGGCCGCCUUGUUGCUACACAAUGAAAGAACGGUCUCCGUACAGGUCAUGGAUUUCCAGGAUGGUAUGGACAAAAUCUGGGAUAUCGAUUCAAUAACUUCUUCUCUUUCACAAAAAAUAGAUAUAAAGAAUCGUAACUUGAAUCAGAUCAUCGUUACCUUCGGUUCAUAUGGUGUAUCUGACCAUAUCAAUCAUAAAAGCUGUCAUGCCGCUGUUAAAAAAUUGGUCGAUGAUUAUGCUCAAUUAGGCACCAAGAAGAAUGAGCGAACACCUCAUAUCACAGCAUUAUAUUUGAGAAGCUACAGGAACAACAUCGUUUUAAAGUAUAACUCUUUUAUUUGGGAAAUCCUGAAAAUGCUUUACAACCUGAUUUCCCCUUUUCGUAGAGUAAUCCAUGCACUUCCGUCGAAGACAACGGCCGAAAGCAAUAGGAUUCUACUAAUGAAUACGCAUGCGCAGUACACACUAGCGUUUGCCGCUAUGCUAAAUGCUCACAAAUCUCAAGUUGUGUGGUUUAGAUACGGAUGGUGGAUACUAUCCAGAUUCGUCUUCGUAAAUGAGUUCGAUGUUUAUACAUAUUAA